CGACAACGGCUUGUUCUCUUGACACUCUGUUCUGCCACAGCCAUCUUUUUCCAGCCUUAUUCAGCGCUGGGUGUCUAGAUUUAAAUCUCGUCGUUGACCGGAAACUCCAGACAUCUUGGGAGCGGUUUUGAUUGCCGCCACGGUGCGACAUGUCAUCCGAUCAGACUAUCAACCUGCCGCAGCUCCUCGUUCUUACAGUAAUCGGCUUUCUAGCGAUACGAUGGCUAUUCUCUACUCGGACACCAAAUGCAGCGGCACAGGGUCGUAAUGCCUCAAGUGCGAAUAGGGUAAAUCCAGCGCACGUAGAGCAGAUACUACAAAUGUUCCCACAGUUGGACAGACGAACGGUGAUGUGGGAGCUGCAGCGGAAUGGAGGAAGUGUAGCCAUGGUGACUGAGAAGAUCCUCACUGGCAGGGCGCUUGAAAUACCACCGCCGUCGUUCCAGCCGCCUAUGCCGGCAACACCACCUUCCGCAGCGGCAAGGCCAGCACCGAGCCAGCCGAAGUCUACACAUCCAGAUCUAAUCACGAAAUAUAAUUUGGCCUCGCGGUUAAACGAGUCGCCGAACACCUCAGAGAACAAAGGAAAGCAGGUUGCUUGGUCUAGCAACAAAGAGGAGCGCCAAUCACUGUUACAGAAGAGACGUGAGGAGAUGAUCCUAGCCGCCCGGAGAAAGCUGGAAGAGCGAGACAGAGCUGCGGCUGCGGCUGCAGCUGCUUCUGCUGGCAAGUCAUAAUGAUUGUUCAUUAUCGAAACCCACCUUGCUUAUUAGUUACGUUUUUGAGACAUUGAAAGCAGUGCUGUCUGGUCUAUAGCUCAACAUUAUGCAAAAAUGCCAUAUGUAUUGACUAAAUCACCGUCCCACCCAAGAAAGGACUAACAUUACAGACGUCUUAUCAAGAAAAGCUUCUAGAUCUAAAUUCUACCACAA